GAGCGGGCGGGAGCAACUACCGGCACGAGAUGCGCUCGGCGCUGUCCACCAUCGCCGCCAUCAUCCGCGCCGUGGCGGACAAGCUGGAGCGGCACGAGGUGCGCGAGCGCCAGCUGGGCGACCAGCUGCGCCGCGGCCAGCAGGCGCUGGAGAAGCGCUCGCGCGCGCAGGAGGGGCAGGCGGCGGCGCAGGCCCAGCUGCUGCAGCGCGUCGACGAGCGCCUGCGCGCCCUCGAGCGCACCAUCGCACAGAUAAUGUAA